GGCCAUGUUGGGUGAAUCCGCCUCCCAGGCCACUUUACGUGCAGGUGUGCUACCUGCCUCUCACUUCCGGGAAUUGGUCUCGCCGCGUCCUCCGGCGCCAACGGGAUGAACAGGCCGACUGUGGGGAGGUCGUCAUAUAGUCGGUGAGCCCGCUGCCGCAUGCAGACAAGGACAGGGGGGGACGUGCUUCCCGACAGUAAACGGGGUGCGUCUCGUUUUCAGUCCACUUGGCGAGGCUCCCCGCUGGAGCUCCACGCAUUGACGCAUUGUGGAGCCGACAGGGUGGGGGGGAGAGGCGGAGGAGGAGGGGGAGGAGGUGGAGGGGGCGCGCACUGCAACCCCUCCUUCCCGGACACAACCGAGGAGGCAUCCACCGGCGUAUCCGCGAUGGACGUGGUGCAGCUCGACACCGACGACCAUCAACCGGAGAACGGCUUCGUGUCCCCCGAUAGCACGUCGCCGCCGGUGCCCCUUACGCGCGUCGACGGCUCGGUUCUGCCCUUCCUCGGCGGCUUCGGGAAGUACCAGAAACAGCUGAUUGUGCUGACUUGGAUCCCGGCGCUCUUCAUCGGAUUCAGUCAGAACUCGGACAAUUUCCUGCUCGCUCAGCCCAACAACACAUGCAUCCUGCCCCUCGCCAACACCACCGCCGCGGCUACGACUACUACAGCCGCCGCGAGCACCAGCACACCGGGCAGCAACGGGACGUGGGCCCGCUCCUGGGCGUCGGGGGUGGCCCAGAAUGCGAGCGAGAGGGCGGGCGGCAUCCACAACGACACGGGUGACAAACAGUGCAUGUGCAAUGCGUGGACCUUUGAGCUGCACACGGGGCUCGUAGAGAAUGUGGUCACCAAGUGGAGUCUGGUGUGUGAGUCCGCAUGGAAUGUCCACAUUGCAAAGUUCUCCCUGCUGGUGGGAUCCAUCUUCGGAUACCUAGUGUUCGGGGUCCUGGCAGACUGGUUUGGCCGCCACCCAGUGCUGAUCAUAUCCGUGCUGUUCAUGUUGGUGUUCGGCCUAACUGUGGCCUUCUCCGUCAAUGUACCCAUGUUCAGCACCCUGAGGUUCUUUGAAGGCUUUUGCUUGGCGGGCAUCACGCUGUCGCUCUACGUCCUGAGGAUCGAGCUGUGCCUGCCGGGUUGGCGCUUCUCCAUGACCAUGGUGGCCAGUUUCGUGAUGCUGGGCGGGCAGCUGCUGAUGCCAGGUGUGGCGUACCUGUGUCGGGAUUGGCAGGUGCUCCAGGCCGUCAUCAUCUGUCCACUGCUGCUCAUGCUGUCCUACAUCUGGAUAUUCCCUGAGUCACUGCGUUGGCUGCUGGCCACUCAGCAGUACUGCCGCUCCAAGUGGAUCAUGGGACACAUCGCCAAGAAAAACUGCGUGAACAUGGAGCAUGACACCGACAACAUCCUGCCAGAACUGCAGCGAGCUCUUCAACGCAAACCCAAAAAGACUUGCAUUGUUAAAAUGGCCAGGACUAGGAACUUGUGGAAGAAUAUUGUCGUGCUCUGCGUCAACUCGCUAACAGGCUAUGGGAUCCACCACUGCUUUGCUCGCAGCAUGAUGGACCAAGAUGCCCAGGAAACCACCAUGUUCCAUAACUUCUAUGCAGAAUACUACACCAUGGCGGGCAUCGCUGUGGCCUCCUGCCUGGCGCUGUGCCCGGCGGUGGGGCUAAUGGGCCGGCGAGGUGGCCUCCUCAUGUUCAUGAUCAUCACCGCCUUGGCGUCCUUGCUCCAGCUGGGCCUGCUCAACUUGCUGGGAAAGUACAGCAAUCAUCUCAAUAUAGAUAGCUCAGGCACCUUGAAUAAGAACUUCUCCAUCGCCUUCUCCAUCAUCGGGAUGUUCUCCUCCCAUGCUGUCAGCAACUUAAGCAUCUUCUUCUGCGCUGAGAUCACUCCCACCGUCAUCAGGGGUGGAGGUUUAGGCUUGGUCCUGGCCAGCGCCGGCUUUGGCAUGCUGACUGCGCCCAUCAUGGAGCUGCACAACCAGAAGGGCUACUUCCUGCACCACAUUAUCUUCGCCUGCUGCACGCUUAUCUGCAUCAUCUGCAUUCUCCUGCUUCCUGAGACGCGCUACCACCCCCUGCCCGAGACGCUGGCUGACGACAGCUACACCCGCCAGUCCCUGCUCCCCCCGCGGGGGCCCGGCGAGCAGCACCUGCUGCUAACACCCUCUGACGGCGCCAGGGACUACACACGGGUGCACGGCACGCCGCUGCACCAAGCGGCCGCCACCGUCAUCUCCACAAUGGACUCCACCGCCUCAUCGGCCGCGGAUCUGACCGCCAAGCCUGACCCGGUAGAGGCUGACUCCCCCGCGCCGCUCACAAAGGAUGAGGUGGUCCACGCCAGUAAGGACCACCUGCUGUCUUCCACACCCACACGCCUCACAGACCCGCUAUUACACAAACCCACAGAAAUUGUCAUGGCUUCAGUGGAGCCGCUCUCAGACACUCUUCUUCCCCAAACAGACGCCACACAGGAAGUGCCCCCCGAAAAGUCAUCGCCGGACCCCGCCUCUUUACCAGAAGACCAAAUGUUGUCGACAUCUGACCCAGCUUUGCUAAAGGACACUUUAGAAGACCCCCCAUCACCUGCGCCCCCCCCUCCUGUUCCUGUGACAGACGAGGACGCCGCCCCCGAGCCUCCGCCAUCCCCCUGCCAAGACAUCCUGUUAGAAAUAGUUGAUAACUCUGACUUUUCGCCCCCUCCCUCCCCCCUGCCACCCACCACUCCCCCCAUCACAGACCUGGCGCUCAGCCUUGCCCCAGAAACAUUGACUCUGGAGCCCUUGGGGGAAUCAAAAGACUCCCUCCCCUCUUUAGACUCUCCUUUCCCCACGCAGGACCCCCCCAUGUCCCUAAUGGAGUGUACCGUGUCUUCCCCCAUAGACCCCGGCGUCCUGGCUAUCAGGGACGGCGCUAGCACAGAAAACAUGGCCCUCAACGGAAUGACGUCGUCAUGAUGACCACGUCUCUUCUGCCGCACUUAGGAGGAGGACAAGCCCCGCCCCCCUCGCCACCCUUUCCCACACAAGAGGCUGCUUUGUGACAAACUUGUUUUUUGUUCUUCUUUUGAAUGUGGGUUGAAAUCACCAGCCUUUGAAGCGCAGAGAACGGACAAGAAGCGCCAUGGGGGAAAAAACAAGUCGAUUCAGACGUGAACAAUCAAAAAUUGUAAGGAUUUUUUUUUUUUUUUGAAAGAUGCAGCACAAGAAAGUACUCCCGAAAAAAACCAAAAUGUUCCAAAAAAUAGUGCCAAAAAUGAGUAUUGUUGCAUGUUUGGGGACUUGCUUUGUUUGCAGCCAUCGACUGAAUGUGGACGAUGAGUUUGUACAUCAGAAUGUACGCAACUAAAAUGUCCUUUUACUUGUUGACUUUCUUCAUAUUUUCAGCAAGUGUGUAAUUAUUUGCAGGUUCGACUCAUUUGUAAGUAUGAUUUUUUUUCGUUUUUUGGCCUGCCCCGAUAAAGUCAUGUAAAGAGCUUCAGUAUUUGUCACGCCGCAGACAAAACAAAAAAUGAACGUAUUCGCGACAAAGAAGCAUCACUGCAAAGCCUUUGUCUUUUCAACCUCAACGCACAACAUUUGUUCACAGCAAUUUUCAUAAACAUUGUGUGCGGUGCGUUAUUGCAAUACUCCAAACAAACAGUUUGCAACAAGCAGAAAAUACAAUCUGGUGGUGCGUUCAAGGCACCAACAACAACAUGCAGGUACUUUCCUCCACAAACAAGUUCUUCCUUCAUGACCAACAGAUUGUCCUUUUCAACCAUCUGGUGGCUUGGAUCAAACAAAGUUUGAGGAUAUUUCCACAGAUGGUCGGGUUAGGAAAUGUUGGUAAUGCUGCUGUACGCAUCAAAGCACAAAUUUCCUGCAAGCAUGUGACGUCAAAGUCGGAGAAGCGAGUAGUAACGUGGUACUGAAGAGAGCCAAAACAAGUCAAACUCUGAGAAUGAGUUUAGCAUUUCAUGACAUGAAUUUUUGGAAAUACAUGAAUAAAGUUUUAAUAAUAGGAUUAUUACAAUUAAAAAGGUAUAUACUGAAAUAUAAAAAAUAAAUGGAACUAACUACAAAGAAGGUGUAGACUUUAUGGCAAAUUAUAAAAAAAAAAAAUACAUUUUCAAAUUUAAUAUACAUUCAAAUGUGUGAGGAUUGUCAAUUUAGUCAUUAAAAAUUACAGCUUAUUUCCCUACAAUAACUCGUGUUUUUUCCUAAUACAUAUAUAUCUUGCGGUAUUACGAUUUAAUUCUCUGACUUAUUCUAGUUACAUUACCUAUCAUAGGUUUUUUUUGAGGAAUAAACAAAAAAACACCUACAUUUCCUAAGAUUGCAUUUUUUUGUAAUAUGAUUUCAGUUCAUUAUGUAUUUUUUCCCUAAAAAAAGUAAAAAUAUAUAUAUAUAUUUUUUUAUACAAUUUUUAUUUAUUUGCUGUUGUGAUAUUACGAUUUAAUUCUUGUCACAUUCCGCCGUUACCUACAACUUUUUUCAGCUCUCCCCCCAACAAAUAUUAAUAAUCUACAAUGUAAUGACAUGAAAAUAAAGAACACACAUUGAAUGAGAAGGUGUGUCCAAACUUUUGUCCUGUACUGUAUGUAUGAUGACAGAACUCCAUCUGCCCGAGUGCAGCUGGGACAGAUUUUCUGUUUGGACAAAAUUUUGACUUUGAAGUCUAAAAGUUGAAACAAAAAAUAGUAAAAGUAUUUAAAAAUUAACGUUAAUAUCUAAGAAUAUAUAUAUUCUUCUCAUAAAAUUUCAACUUUUUCACUGAAAAAACAACCUAAUACCGCAAGAUUACCCAUCGUUUUCCUCCUUAUAUACAGUAUUUUUCUUUAAUCCCCUUUGGAUGAUUGUUGUCUUUUUCAGGCUGACUUUAUUACUCUUUGAUACACUAAGUGACCCCAAUAGAUGAGUACAAAAGUAUGGAAGGAGGAGAACACUUAAGGUGGACUUUGUCCAAUCUUUAACAUCUGCUGCAGACUUUGGCUCCAACAAGGCGUCUGUUUGCUCUGGGCUUCCUCUGAUUGUUUGGAGCCAAAGUCUGGCAAGCAGAGAAGCGGCACAACAACAACAACAACAACAGCAGACGCUUCCGACUACCUUCCUAAUGUCAUGCAGCUUUAGUGCGGUGCUGACUGAGGACAUUGCAUUGUGAAGACAAAGUUCAACAUCUGUGAAUAUUUGAUCACCAGCAGAAACACUGACUGGAUUGAGAGAGAGAGAGAGAGAGUGUGUGUGUGUGUGUGUUUGUGUGUGUGUGUGUGUGUGUUUGUGUGUGUGUGUGUGUGUGUGUGUGUGUGCGCGCACACUGCAGAUGGACCAUGUUGACUAUUUGUACAAUGAGUCAUGAAGGAAGUUUCAGCUAAUAUAAGUGAAUAGGUGAAAGGUCACAAAGUCCAAUGUUUUCCGGUUUUUGCUUCCUUCCCCUCUGGGAAGCGAGAUCUGAAAGAAUGUAACAAAAGACCCAAACUUUGAAACUUUGGAUUGUAUCAUUUCUGAUUUUUGAACGUUCCCUUUUGAAGCGACGUGAAUGAUGCACGUGUACAUAAGCCAUACCUGUUGUUAAAAUAAACCAUUAUUUAUUGAUCAA